CCGGUCUGGCCGGAUAUUAGAGGAGAAAGAGAAAGCUUCAUUUCGUUUCAAUGGCGACGUCACAGUUGGUGAGAACUAUUUUAGAUCCAACGAAAAACUGGUUCGCCGCCGUGCACAAGAAAACUAUCACGGAACGCCUGCGCAAAUACGGACUGCGAUAUGAUGAUUUGUUCGAUCCGAUGGAGUGUUUGGAUAUCAAGGAAGCAAUGAGAAGACUACCUCGUGAGAUUAUCGAUGCUAGAAACCAACGGAUUUUUGCGUGCAAUGGAUCUCUCCAUGAAACACGAGUAUCUCCCCAAAGAUCUACAGGCACAACAGACACCAUUUAGGAGUUAUCUUACCGAUAUGCUGGCUCGGGUAAAAAGGGAGAAUGCAGAACGUGAAGCCUUGGGAGCAUUGCCACUUCAGCAGCGAACAUUGCCAUAAUUAAUUAAUUAUGUCAUUUUGAUUUUGGGCUGCUGGAUACUUUGGUUUCAUUCCUGUUCAUGGUGGGAUUUGGCAAGUAUUCAAAUUAUUAUUCGAUUCUGAAUGUUGUUGAAGAUCAUUUACAUUCAUGUAUCGUUUCAAUUUUCAACAUCUCACUACAUAUUUUUCGUUUGUUUGUCUUUCAACAAAAAUAAA